AUGGACCCUGACGCAAGCAUACCAACCGAACCCGCCCCUUCAGUCUUCAACUACGUCCUCUCCUUCCUCCUAGUCGGCGUAGCAUGGGGCUUCACAACCCCCUUUAUCCGGCGCGCCGCGGCAGACUUCAACGCACGACAAGAAAAACAAGCCUCCGGGUUCGACAUAACACGCGGAAGAUCACGAUCGCAGGGAUCAGGCGAAGAGGAGCAGGAAUUGCUUGCACCGGGAGAGCAAGGACAGGAUGAAGGGGUGCGGAGACGGAGUGGAAGUCAGCAGCGGGCGGAGGAAGAAGGUGAUGGGAGCGCAGCACAGUUGAAUGCAGAGUUGGAGGGCGAGGCGGAAAUCGAUAAUGCGCCUGGGCCUGUGCCUGCAUGGAAGCGUCGGCAGUCCGGUUCUUGGGUGAAGAGGAAGGCUGUUUCAAUCUUCUGGACGGUUAUUAAUCUUCUCCGGACGCCGGCCUAUUCUAUUCCCUUGGUCAUUAAUUUGACGGGGAGUAUUUGGUUUUUCCUUUUGGUUGGAAAGCAUGAAUUGUCUUUGACUGUUCCUCUUGCCAACUCGAGUGCGUUCUUGUUCACCGUACUGGGGGAAUGGUAUGUGGAGCGUAAAGUAAUUGAGAAGCAGACGUGGUUGGGAUUGAUGCUGGUUCUAGGUGGAAUUGCACUAUGUGUGCAUUCAAAGAACCAAACUGUUUAG